AGCUUUCUUCCACAGGUUUCUGGAUUACAGUAGUUUCUGAAUGAAAUGCAUCUUUCAGAGAUGAUGAGGCCCAUCGACGUCAUGACAGCGAACACCGCCCACCCAAGGGUGACGCAGUCACGUGAAAGCGUCUCCAGCUGCACAAAGAAAGAAGGCCCCGCCCACGCCGCCAUUUUGUGCACCCAGAGCAUAGAAGCUGCCGCUCCGCGUCUCUUGCCUGUAGGUCAUCCAGCGGCUGUCUGUCUCAGAGUGUGAGAGACUCAUUCAAGCGGGGGCUGAUAGCUGCAGCUUCUGGCGACCCCCUGCUGCCGCGGUUUCAUGACACAAUACUCAGUUAUUAACGAGAGAAGGAGCGAGAGAGAGAGUCCUGAUGGAGCCCGAGACACCAGACGUGCAGCAGCUAUUGGUGAGUGAAGGAGAACUUUCUACUGAGCAGCAGGAAGACGGCCCCACUCUGGACCAGCAGGGACAAGAACCUCAAGAAGGAACCCAAGAGGAAAAAGAAGAAGAUUCACCCGAGUUUACAUUCACAUCUGUCAAUGUGAAGAUUGAAGAAGAUGAAGAGGAGGAUCCUCCAACCAGCAGCUUGACUCAAGACAUGAAAACAGAAGCUGAUGGAGAUGAAUAUGAGGGGCCAGAAGUGGAAACGGACGCUGAUACUGAAGUCACGACUGACCACCAGAGGCCACUGUCCUCUGAGUCCUCUGACACUGAUGACAGUGAGGACUGGAAGUCUGGUUCAAACUCUGCCAAGAAGCCAAAGUCCAGUCAGAAGUCACUGGUCUGCUCUGAGUGUGGGAGGAAAUGUUCUUCCAAGUCUGGACUCACUCAACACAUUAAGUCCUGCUCUGAAGGAUCCCUGUCGUGUUCGUUUUGUGGCAAGAGCUUUGAAAAGAGAGCGAACCUGAAGGAACACAUGAGAGUUCACACUGGAGAAAAGCCUUUCAUCUGCUCUGAGUGUGGUAAAUGCUUCACGCAGAAACGGCACCUAAAGAAACACAUGAGAAUCCACACUGGAGAAAAACCUUUCGUCUGCCCUCAGUGUGGUAAACGCUUUUCUCAAACGGGACAUUUGCACAACCACAUGAGAGUACACUCAGUGGAAAAACCUUUCAUCUGCUCACAGUGUGAGAAGUGUUUUAAGAAGAGGUGGAGCCUGAAGGAACAUAUGAGAGUCCACACAGGAGAAAAACCUUUCAGGUGCUCCUUGUGCGGUAAAUGUUUCACACACCGAUGGAGUUUGAUGAAUCACAAAAAAAUCCACACGGGUGAGAAGGCCUUCUCGUGCUCUCAGUGUGGUAAAUGUUUCACUCUUGUCGGCCACCUGAAAGCACAUGUGGAAAUUCACACUGGAAAAAAACCUUUCACCUGCUCUGAGUGUGGCAAAUGUUUCACACAGAAAGGAAACCUGAAGGUUCACAUGAGACAUCAUGCUGGGGAAAAAACAUUCUCAUCUCCAUAGUGUUGUUGUCUACGUAGACUGGAGAGAAACCCUACCCCUGCUCUGAGUGAGGAAAAUGUUCCAUACGAUGAGGACGUACAAGAUUCACAGGAUAACAUACCUCAGGCGACUCUGCAACGGGUGUCAGGUUCAUUUCAAAAUGACUGCUGUGGUUGUGAUGCACUGUGGAGCGUAAAGAGUUGCAUUGUAAUUUUCAAUGUUCCAGUUGAGGUGCGUCGUAAAUGUUCACUUGGUUCAAAGUGAAGUGUUUUGUUAUUUCCAGGUGACUUCUGUCCACAAAUCUGAGAGAUUCUUUUGGAAUGAAAAGUAAAAUAAA